AUGUCGUCUAGUCGUUCUCGAGGGUCACUGGGUACAUCUCAGUAUAGUGAGCGAAGAGAGUUCGAUAGUUUAUUUAGAGAUUUCAACGAAAUGAUGCACUUGACUGUACGAGGAAUUACUUUUGCAACAGAAGCGGCAACAGACCUUGAAGAGGCUGAGGAACAAGAAGAGCUCAAUCAAUUAGAUAUUAUUACGAGAGAUUAUAUUGAUCUAGAAAAUCAACUCACUUUUCAAAGAACUGCGCUUAAUAACCUUAAAAUUAAGUUUGAUGCAGGGCACAAAUUUGCAAGUGAUAUUUUUAGAGAUCUUGUGGAAGAUUAUGAAUCACAAUUGGAUGAUGCUUUAAAAAA